UCUCUCACUUGUCAUUUCCUGACAGACACCAAAACAUGUGCGGAGGUGCAAUAAUUUCCGAUUUUAUUGCCGUCAAGCGCGGCCGGAACGUAACGGCGAAGGACCUCUGGGCCGACAUCGACACCAUGUCCGACCUCCUUGGCUUAGGCUCUGUUGUAGACAACUCCUCUAAGAAGGUCGAGAACAAAGCCGCUCCGAAACCAAAGCAACUCAACCAAAAAGAGAAUAGCCAGAAAUCCACAGAAAAAGAGGGGAAGAGUCAGCAGAGACGUAAGAACGUGUACAGGGGGAUUCGACAGAGGCCAUGGGGCAAGUGGGCGGCGGAGAUUAGGGACCCGAACAAAGGUGUCCGAGUAUGGUUGGGCACCUACAACACCGCUGAGGAAGCAGCUCGAGCCUACGAUGACGCCGCCAAGCGCAUCCGUGGAGACAAAGCCAAGCUCAACUUCCCACCUCCCCCUCCCCGGCCUCCUUCUAAGAAGCAGCGCAUCGCUCCCGAGUUCACCGAAGCGAGCUUCGAAGUCACCGGACCACGAAUACCCACACCACCGUCUGACCCGUACACGACAUAUGGGUAUGGCAACGAAAUGGAAAAUGAAAUAGAGCUGAAAGAGCAAAUCUCGAACCUGGAAUCGUUCCUGGGACUGGAACCGGAACCGGAGACAACGGAGAUGAGUGGAGGCGGUGGCGGCGAGCCUGACCCAUUGGAUCUUUGGAUGCUGGAUGAUCUUGUGACACAUCACCAGCAUCAACAACUUCGGCUUAUUUAUUAGGGAAAAUUAAAGAAUAAUUAAGGGAGGGAGUGAUUAAGUGAUUAAAUGAUUAAAUGAUGUAUUGCAAUUUUAUGGGUGUUUGAAUCUCUAUGUUAUGCAUGCUUAUUGCUUAUGUUUGUCUGGAAUCCGUACUUGUUAAUCUUUAUCCCUGAAUACUUAUGCUUGUGAUUGUGUUUAUGUUGAUGAUUAAUGUGUAGUAUAUUUGAUAUUAAAACAAUUGUUGUACA